CGGAUAACCGACGGCCGCGGAUAAGCACUGCUUUGUACACUACAGCACAGUAUACCACACAAUGCCAGCCAUACGUGGACAGGACUCGAAGAAAAAGACUCGCCGCCAUACCCGCGACCUCGACCAGAUCCACGCCGACCUGCGCGACGAAAAGCAUCUCGCCGCCUUCAAGAAUGAAAAGCCCAUAGAGGACCUGCCCGGCCUGGGCCAGUACUACUGCAAGGAAUGCGCAAAGUUUUUUGAGAGCGACGCCAACCUCGGUGCGCACCAGAAGGGCAAGGUGCAUAAGCGGAGGGUCAAGCAAUUGCUCGAAGAGCCAUAUUCACAAAAAGAAGCAGAGGCGGCCAUUGGCCUCACCACCAACAACGGAACCCGCACAACCGCACCGGCAGCCCCCAUGGAGGUCGAUCAGGUCGCACCAGCCUGAGCAUAGUUAUAUUCAGCUCGCCGUGGAAACGUGCGAGGUUGAGGACAUAGGUGGUGGUGGUGGCGGUAUACCAGCGCUAAAACGUCUGGACACCAAGGAGAUGGGAUGCAUUGCAUGGCGUUCAAAAUUGGGAAAUGGAAUAUAGAGGGGUCAAGAGUUUACACGAUACCCCAGGUUUCAAUAACACGCAAAGUUUCGCACUUGUGUUUGUGAUCGCGACGGCCGUAGUGGUAGUGCACGUGAAAGUUUAACUUAAAUUUUGUUCCUAUAGAACACGAAGUCACAUGUCUGAUUUUUCCCCGA